AUGACACGGUCAAUCCUCGCUGUCAACGCCGGGUCAUCCUCCGUCAAAAUCACCUUUUACACCUUCGAGAACCCGCCAAGAGCUAUCGCCGAUGCGGAGAUCUCUGGGAUCACCGCACCCCCACCAUCGUUCAAGUACCAGAAGGGAGCUGCAAAGCACAAGGAGGAGGUGAAAGAAAAACUGGCCACACCCCAGGAUGCAUUCAAUUAUCUCUUGAAACGCUGUUUUAGUGAUCCCGAGCUCUCCGAAGUCGCCAGCAUUGACGAUCUAGCUUAUAUCUGCCACCGCGUCGUCCACGGAGGAGAUUACCAUGAAGCAGUAGAGAUUAAUGAUGAGACAAUGCACCAUCUUGAAGCAUUGGAAGAUCUCGCACCGCUCCACAACUUUUCCGCGCUGGAGAUUAUCCGUCUCUGUAGGGACGAGCUGCCGAAAGUCGCGAGUAUUACCUUCUUUGACUCGGCAUUCCAUCAGACUAUCCCCGAACCCGUAUACACGUACCCGAUUGAUCAGAAAGUCGCCAAGGCGAAUGGGUUGCGCAAGUAUGGAUUCCACGGAAUCAGCUACGAGUUCAUUCUACGAUCUGUCGCACAGCAUCUGGGCAAGCCAGUAGAGAAGACGAGCAUCAUUGCCAUGCAUAUUGGCAGUGGAGCUUCAAUUUGUGCGAUCAAGGAUGGCAAGUCCAUUGAUACCUCCAUGGGGCUCACACCUCUGGCAGGACUGCCAGGUGCGACGCGCAGUGGAGAUAUCGAUCCCUCAUUGGUAUUCCACUACACCAGCGAAGCAGGCAAACUAAGCCCAGGGAGCACCAAGGAGAUGCACAUCAGUACCGCUGAAGAAAUCCUGAAUAAGAAAUCCGGCUGGAAAGCACUGACUGGAACUACGAACUUUGGGGAAAUCGCCGUCGCCAACCCGCCUACCAAAGCGCACAAGCUCGCAUUCGACAUCCUCGUCGAUCGCAUCCUAGGCUACAUUGGAAACUACUACGUGAAGCUAAAUGGGCAAGUGGACGCGGUGGUCUUCGCCGGAGGCAUUGGCGAGAAGAGCGCUCUGCUCCGCCAAACACUAGCAGAUAAGCUCGAAUGUCUGGGCGUGGCGGUCGACACCAAAGCCAAUGAUAAGGGGCCUGGCGAUGACGAGACGGUGAAGGACAUCACUGCCGGUGGAGGCAAGGGGCCCCGGGUUUUAGUUUGUCAGACCAAUGAGCAAGUAAGUUGUCUCACCAUCCAGAUGCUCGAUGACACAAUCAGUGUGAUGAGAAGUGCAACCCUUCUCCUCUUGCUUAUGCUCGAGUCCUUGAUCUGA